AUGGCCACUUUGAACGCCAAAAAGCUCGUGUCGGACAUUGCCAAGGGGCAUGGCUAUCUGGCCGACGAGGAUUUGCGAAGUCUUGGUGAGAACCGAUUCAAGGUUGAGGAAGCUUUAUCCAAUGCGCAUAGGAUGUCUGGAUUGAGUGUGAUCACGCUCUCAAAGAACUUGUACUCUAGCAACGCUCGUUUCGUCUUUGAGCUUCUCCAGAACGCCGACGACAAUCACUAUGAGAAGGCUAGAGAAUCAGGCACCGCACCGUUCGUGUCCUACAAGAUCUUUCCUGACAAAAUCGUCCUGGAAUGCAAUGAGGAUGGUUUCAGCCCCGAGAACCUCAAAGCGAUUUGCGCUAUUGGUCAAAGUUCCAAGACGGGUGCUCAAGGCUACAUAGGAGAGAAGGGCAUAGGCUUCAAGUCCGUCUUCAUGGUAGCCUGGAAGGUGCAUAUCCAUUCAAAUUACUUCUCUUUCACCUUCACCCACAAGAAAGGAGACUCGGGGAUGGGCAUGAUCUCCCCAGUAUGGGAAGAAACUACUGAAGAGCUGAAGUCACCGUUGACGCGCAUCACCCUCUAUCUCUACGAAGCCGGCGACGAAGCUGAGAGGAUACGUGGAUCAAUUCGGUCCCAGUUUGAAGACUUCCAAGCAAACAUGCUUUUGUUCUUCAAAAAUAUACGGAAGAUACAGGUCGCGUUUUACGACGACAAGGGACAACAAUCGUCUUCGGAGACCUAUAGCAUCGCACAACCAAUUCCGGGCCAUGCGACGCUGACGAAAAUCAAGACGACGGGCAUGACGACUGAAUCAGAGGACAGACACUUUCGUGUCGUACGGCAUGUCGCAAAGAACUUGCCACGGAACGAGAACAGGACUUACUCGGAGUCUGAAGAGUCCACUCGAGCUUACUCCACGUCUGAAGUCGUCCUCGCAUUCCCGAUCUCGGAUUCAUCAGUUCCCAUCAUAGAGCCUCAAGAGAUUUUUGCCUUUCUUCCCGUCAGGCCAGUCGGAUUCAACUUCCUCAUUCAAGCCGACUUUGUUACAGACGCGAAUAGGCAAGACAUCCAGACGUUUUCUCUUCGCAAUUCUGGCCUUCGCGAUGCCAUCGCCGAUGCAUUCGUUGCUGCAGCCAUGCAAAUUUUCGACCAUCCGAUCUUGCGGUACACCUGGGUCAAACCUCGCUAA